AGGCUAGGAUAUGGGUCUUUGGGGAGCCUGGUCUUUAGCUUGGACCAAUGCAAAUACACUUGGAGAUGAGCCUUCAAGAUAAAUGAAAGAAAGAGUCAAAAAAGCACAAAGAGCGGGAGGACUGAGAUCUUGUCAUGAAGCGGAGCAAAGGAGUGGAGCAUGAUGGACUGCAGAGAUAGGCUGUAAAACUAAGCUUGACUGCGUAUCCGGGUGUUUUCUUGAGCGACGCAUUGUUCAUUGUUACGCCCCACCCUUAGGCGGCCCUAUGGGGCGAACAACUAUCCUCAACUUUGUACCCAUCAAAUUAACAAAACACCUUCAAAAGUUUAACACGUGAUUUAUUGUGACAAAAUUGCAAACUAGACACAAAGCACCCACAACACAAAUGAGAGGCAGCAGGGCAGCAGUUCCCCACCAAAUGCCUCUCCAGACUGCAGGCAGCUCUGGGCUUUUAGACUCCCAGCACCAGGUGAGUCUGAUUGUCACUCAAGUGAUUUCACCUGGGCAGCUAUGGAGAGACAAAAGGGGAAAAACACAUGCAAAAACAAACACACAGCCGUAACAUCAUUGAAAGUGAAAUGCUGAUUAUAAUUGAGAGAAGCACACAGGAGCACGUUCAAAUAGCUCAUUUGGAGCCUGUGUCAUCGCUUACGGCCAUACCACCCUGAACACGCCCGCUCUCGUCCGAUCUCGGAAGCUAAGCAGGGUCGGGCCUGGUUAGUACUUGGAUGGGAGACCGCCUGGGAAUACCAGGUGCUGUAAGCUUUUCUUUUCUUGUAUCUUGUGCCGUGUUCUCUCUCCAAGAGGCUAGGAUAUGGGUCUUUGGGGAGCCUGGUCUUUAGCUUGGACCAAUGCAAAUACACUUGGAGAUGAGCCUUCAAGAUAAAUGAAAGAAAAAGUCAAAAAAGCACAAAGAGCGGGAGGACUGAGAUCUUGUCAUGAAGCGGAGCAAAGGAGUGGAGCAUGAUGGACUGCAGAGAUAGGCUGUAAAACUAAGCUUGACUGCGUAUCCGGGUGUUUUCUUGAGCGACGCAUUGUUCAUUAAAGUGAAAUGCUGAUUAUAAUUGAGAGAACCACACAGGAGCACGUUCGAAUAGCUCAUUUGGAGCCUGUGUCAUCGCUUACGGCCAUACCACCCUGAACACGCCCGAUCUCGUCUGAUCUCGGAAGCUAAGCAGGGUCGGGCCUGGUUAGUACUUGGAUGGGAGACCGCCUGGGAAUACCAGUUGCUGUAAGCUUUUCUUUUCUUGUAUCUUGUGCCGUGUUCUCUCUCCAAGAGGCUAGGAUAUGGGUCUUUGGGGAGCCUGGUCUUUAGCUUGGACCAAUGCAAAUACACUUGGAGAUGAGCCUUCAAGAUAAAUGAAAGAAAGAGUCAAAAAAGCACAAAGAGCGGGAGGACUGAGAUCUUGUCAUGAAGUGGAGCAAAGGAGUGGAGCAUGAUGGACUGCAGAGAUAGGCUGUAAAACUAAGCUUGACUGCGUAUCCGGGUGUUUUCUUGAGCGACGCAUUGUUCAUUAAAGUGAAAUGCUGAUUAUAAUUGAGAGAACCACACAGGAGCACGUUCGAAUAGCUCAUUUGGAGCCUGUGUGAUCGCUUACGGCCAUACCACCCUGAACACGCCCGAUCUCGUCCGAUCUCGGAAGCUAAGCAGGGUCGGGCCUGGUUAGUACUUGGAUGGGAGACCGCCUGGGAAUACCAGGUGCUGUAAGCUUUUCUUUUCUUGUAUCUUGUGCCGUGUUCUCUCUCCAAGAGGCUAGGAUAUGGGUCUUUGGGGAGCCUGGUCUUUAGCUUGGACCAAUGCAAAUACACUUGGAGAUGAGCCUUCAAGAUAAAUGAAAGAAAAAGUCAAAAAAGCACAAAGAGCGGGAGGACUGAGAUCUUGUCAUGAAGUGGAGCAAAGGAGUGGAGCAUGAUGGACUGCAGAGAUAGGCUGUAAAACUAAGCUUGACUGCGUAUCCGGGUGUUUUCUUGAGCGACGCAUUGUUCAUUAAAGUGAAAUGCUGAUUAUAAUUGAGAGAACCACACAGGAGCACGUUCGAAUAGCUCAUUUGGAGCCUGUGUCAUGGCUUACGGCCAUACCACCCUGAACACGCCCGAUCUCGUCCGAUCUCGGAAGCUAAGCAGGGUCGGGCCUGGUUAGUACUUGGAUGGGAGACCGCCUGGGAAUACCAGGUGCUGUAAGCUUUUCUUUUCUUGUAUCUUGUGCCGUGUUCUCUCUCCAAGAGGCUAGGAUAUGGGUCUUUGGGGAGCCUGGUCUUUAGCUUGGACCAAUGCAAAUACACUUGGAGAUGAGCCUUCAAGAUAAAUGAAAGAAAAAGUCAAAAAAAGCACAAAGAGCGGGAGGACUGAGAUCUUGUCAUGAAGCGGAGCAAAGGAGUGGAGCAUGAUGGACUGCAGAGAUAGGCUGUAAAACUAAGCUUGAUUGCGUAUCCGGGUGUUUUCUUGAGCGACGCAUUGUUCAUUAAAGUGAAAUGCUGAUUAUAAUUGAGAGAACCACACAGGAGCACGUUCGAAUAGCUCAUUUGGAGCCUGUGUCAUCGCUUACGGCCAUACCACCCUGAACACGCCCGAUCUCGUCCGAUCUCGGAAGCUAAGCAGGGUCGGGCCUGGUUAGUACUUGGAUGGGAGACCGCCUGGGAAUACCAGGUGCUGUAAGCUUUUCUUUUCUUGUAUCUUGUGCCGUGUUCUCUCUCCAAGAGGCUAGGAUAUGGGUCUUUGGGGAGCCUGGUCUUUAGCUUGGACCAAUGCAAAUACACUUGGAGAUGAGCCUUCAAGAUAAAUGAAAGAAAAAGUCAAAAAAGCACAAAGAGCGGGAGGACUGAGAUCUUGUUAUGAAGUGGAGCAAAGGAGUGGAGCAUGAUGGACUGCAGAGAUAGGCUGUAAAACUAAGCUUGACUGCGUAUCCGGGUGUUUUCUUGAGCGAGGCAUUGUUCAUUAAAGUGAAAUGCUGAUUAUAAUUGAGAGAACCACACAGGAGCACGUUCGAAUAGCUCAUUUGGAGCCUGUGUCAUCGCUUACGGCCAUACCACCCUGAACACGCCCGAUCUCGUCCGAUCUCGGAAGGUAAGCAGGGUCGGGCCUGGUUAGUUCUUGGAUGGGAGACCGCCUGGGAAUACCAGGUGCUGUAAGCUUUUCUUUUCUUGUAUCUUGUGCCGUGUUCUCUCUCCAAGAGGCUAGGAUAUGGGUCUUUGGGGAGCCUGGUCUUUAGCUUGGACCAAUGCAAAUACACUUGGAGAUGAGCCUUCAAGAUAAAUGAAAGAAAGAGUCAAAAAAGCACAAAGAGCGGGAGGACUGAGAUCUUGUCAUGAAGCGGAGCAAAGGAGUGGAGCAUGAUGGACUGCAGAGAUAGGCUGUAAAACUAAGCUUGACUGCGUAUCCGGGUGUUUUCUUGAGCGACGCAUUGUUCAUUGAAAGUGAAAUGCUGAUUAUAAUUGAGAGAACCACACAGGAGCACGUUCAAAUAGCUCAUUUGGAGCCUGUGUCAUCGCUUACGGCCAUACCACCCUGAACACGCCCCAUCUCGUCCGAUCUCGGAAGCUAAGCAGGGUCGGGCCUGGUUAGUACUUGGAUGGGAGACCGCCUGGGAAUACCAGGUGCUGUAAGCUUUUCUUUUCUUGUAUCUUGUGCCGUGUUCUCUCUCCAAGAGGCUAGGAUAUGGGUCUUUGGGGAGCCUGGUCUUUAGCUUGGACCAAUGCAAAUACACUUGGAGAUGAGCCUUCAAGAUAAAUGAAAGAAAGAGUCAAAAAAGCACAAAGAGCGGGAGGACUGAGAUCUUGUCAUGAAGCGGAGCAAAGGAGUGGAGCAUGAUGGACUGCAGAGAUAGGCUGUAAAACUAAGCUUGACUGCGUAUGCGGGUGUUUUCUUGAGCGACGCAUUGUUAUUGAAAGUGAAAUGCUGAUUCUAAUUGAGAGAACCACACAGGAGCAUGUUCAAAUAGCUCAUUUGGAGCCUGUGUCAUCGCUUACGGCCAUACCACCCUGAACACGCCCGAUCUCGUCCGAUCUCGGAAGCUAAGCAGGGUCGGGCCUGGUUAGUACUUGGAUGGGAGACCGCCUGGGAAUACCAGGUGCUGUAAGCUUUUCUUUUCUUGUAUCUUGUGCCGUGUUCUCUCUCCAAGAGGCUAGGAUAUGGGUCUUUGGGGAGCCUGGUCUUUAGCUUGGACCAAUGCAAAUACACUUGGAGAUGAGCCUUCAAGAUAAAUGAAAGAAAGAGUCAAAAAAGCACAAAGAGCGGGAGGACUGAGAUCUUGUCAUGAAGCGGAGCAAAGGAGUGGAGCAUGAUGGACUGCAGAGAUAGGCUGUAAAACUAAGCUUGACUGCGUAUGCGGGUGUUUUCUUGAGCGACGCAUUGUUCAUUGAAAGUGAAAUGCUGAUUCUAAUUGAGAGAACCACACAGGAGCACGUUCAAAUAGCUCAUUUGGAGCCUGUGUCAUCGCUUACGGCCAUACCACCCUGAACACGCCCGAUCUCGUCCGAUCUCGGAAGCUAAGCAGGGUCGGGCCUGGUUAGUACUUGGAUGGGAGACCGCCUGGGAAUACCAGGUGCUGUAAGCUUUUCUUUUCUUGUAUCUUGUGCCGUGUUCUCUCUCCAAGAGGCUAGGAUAUGGGUCUUUGGGGAGCCUGGUCUUUAGCUUGGACCAAUGCAAAUACACUUGGAGAUGAGCCUUCAAGAUAAAUGAAAGAAAGAGUCAAAAAAGCACAAAGAGCGGGAGGACUGAGAUCUUGUCAUGAAGCGGAGCAAAGGAGUGGAGCAUGAUGGACUGCAGAGAUAGGCUGUAAAACUAAGCUUGACUGCGUAUGCGGGUGUUUUCUUGAGCGACGCAUUGUUCAUUGAAAGUGAAAUGCUGAUUCUAAUUGAGAGAACCACACAGGAGGACGUUCAAAUAGCUCAUUUGGAGCCUGUGUCAUCGCUUACGGCCAUACCACCCUGAACACGCCCGAUCUCGUCCGAUCUCGGAAGCUAAGCAGGGUCGGGCCUGGUUAGUACUUGGAUGGGAGACCGCCUGGGAAUACCAGGUGCUGUAAGCUUUUCUUUUCUUGUAUCUUGUGCCGUGUUCUCUCUCCAAGAGGCUAGGAUAUGGGUCUUUGGGGAGCCUGGUCUUUAGCUUGGACCAAUGCAAAUACACUUGGAGAUGAGCCUUCAAGAUAAAUGAAAGAAAAAGUCAAAAAAGCACAAAGAGCGGGAGGACUGAGAUCUUGUCAUGAAGCGGAGCAAAGGAGUGGAGCAUGAUGGACUGCAGAGAUAGGCUAUAAAACUAAGCUUGACUGCGUAUCCGGGUGUUUUCUUGAGCGACGCAUUGUUCAUUGAAAGUGAAAUGCUGAUUAUAAUUGAGAGAACCACACAGGAGCACGUUGAAAUAGCUCAUUUGGAGCCUGUGUCAUCGCUUACGGCCAUACCACCCUGAACACGCCCGAUCUCGUCCGAUCUCGGAAGCUAAGCAAGGUCGGGCCUGGUUAGUACUUGGAUGGGAGACCGCCUGGGAAUACCAGGUGCUGUAAGCUUUUCUUUUCUUGUAUCUUGUGCCGUGUUCUCUCUCCAAGAGGCUAGGAUAUGGGUCUUUGGGGAGCCUGGUCUUUAGCUUGGACCAAUGCAAAUACACUUGGAGAUGAGCCUUCAAGAUAAAUGAAAGAAAGAGUCAAAAAAGCACAAAGAGCGGGAGGACUGAGAUCUUGUCAUGAAGCGGAGCAAAGGAGUGGAGCAUGAUGGACUGCAGAGAUAGGCUGUAAAACUAAGCUUGACUGCGUAUCCGGGUGUUUUCUUGAGCGACGCAUUGUUCAUUGUUACGCCCCACCCUUAGGCGGCCCUAUGGGGCGAACAACUAUCCUCAACUUUGUACCCAUCAAAUUAACAAAACACCUUCAAAAGUUUAACACGUGAUUUAUUGUGACAAAAUUGCAAACUAGACACAAAGCACCCACAACACAAAUGAGAGGCAGCAGGGCAGCAGUUCCCCACCAAAUGCCUCUCCAGACUGCAGGCAGCUCUGGGCUUUUAGACUCCCAGCACCAGGUGAGUCUGAUUGUCACUCAAGUGAUUUCACCUGGGCAGCUAUGGAGAGACAAAAGGGGAAAAACACAUGCAAAAACAAACACACAGCCGUAACAUCAUUGAAAGUGAAAUGCUGAUUAUAAUUGAGAGAAGCACACAGGAGCACGUUCAAAUAGCUCAUUUGGAGCCUGUGUCAUCGCUUACGGCCAUACCACCCUGAACACGCCCGCUCUCGUCCGAUCUCGGAAGCUAAGCAGGGUCGGGCCUGGUUAGUACUUGGAUGGGAGACCGCCUGGGAAUACCAGGUGCUGUAAGCUUUUCUUUUCUUGUAUCUUGUGCCGUGUUCUCUCUCCAAGAGGCUAGGAUAUGGGUCUUUGGGGAGCCUGGUCUUUAGCUUGGACCAAUGCAAAUACACUUGGAGAUGAGCCUUCAAGAUAAAUGAAAGAAAAAGUCAAAAAAGCACAAAGAGCGGGAGGACUGAGAUCUUGUCAUGAAGCGGAGCAAAGGAGUGGAGCAUGAUGGACUGCAGAGAUAGGCUGUAAAACUAAGCUUGAUUGCGUAUCCGGGUGUUUUCUUGAGCGACGCAUUGUUCAUUAAAGUGAAAUGCUGAUUAUAAUUGAGAGAACCACACAGGAGCACGUUCGAAUAGCUCAUUUGGAGCCUGUGUCAUCGCUUACGGCCAUACCACCCUGAACACGCCCGAUCUCGUCUGAUCUCGGAAGCUAAGCAGGGUCGGGCCUGGUUAGUACUUGGAUGGGAGACCGCCUGGGAAUACCAGGUGCUGUAAGCUUUUCUUUUCUUGUAUCUUGUGCCGUGUUCUCUCUCCAAGAGGCUAGGAUAUGGGUCUUUGGGGAGCCUGGUCUUUAGCUUGGACCAAUGCAAAUACACUUGGAGAUGAGCCUUCAAGAUAAAUGAAAGAAAGAGUCAAAAAAGCACAAAGAGCGGGAGGACUGAGAUCUUGUCAUGAAGUGGAGCAAAGGAGUGGAGCAUGAUGGACUGCAGAGAUAGGCUGUAAAACUAAGCUUGACUGCGUAUCCGGGUGUUUUCUUGAGCGACGCAUUGUUCAUUAAAGUGAAAUGCUGAUUAUAAUUGAGAGAACCACACAGGAGCACGUUCGAAUAGCUCAUUUGGAGCCUGUGUGAUCGCUUACGGCCAUACCACCCUGAACACGCCCGAUCUCGUCCGAUCUCGGAAGCUAAGCAGGGUCGGGCCUGGUUAGUACUUGGAUGGGAGACCGCCUGGGAAUACCAGGUGCUGUAAGCUUUUCUUUUCUUGUAUCUUGUGCCGUGUUCUCUCUCCAAGAGGCUAGGAUAUGGGUCUUUGGGGAGCCUGGUCUUUAGCUUGGACCAAUGCAAAUACACUUGGAGAUGAGCCUUCAAGAUAAAUGAAAGAAAAAGUCAAAAAAGCACAAAGAGCGGGAGGACUGAGAUCUUGUCAUGAAGUGGAGCAAAGGAGUGGAGCAUGAUGGACUGCAGAGAUAGGCUGUAAAACUAAGCUUGACUGCGUAUCCGGGUGUUUUCUUGAGCGACGCAUUGUUCAUUAAAGUGAAAUGCUGAUUAUAAUUGAGAGAACCACACAGGAGCACGUUCGAAUAGCUCAUUUGGAGCCUGUGUCAUGGCUUACGGCCAUACCACCCUGAACACGCCCGAUCUCGUCCGAUCUCGGAAGCUAAGCAGGGUCGGGCCUGGUUAGUACUUGGAUGGGAGACCGCCUGGGAAUACCAGGUGCUGUAAGCUUUUCUUUUCUUGUAUCUUGUGCCGUGUUCUCUCUCCAAGAGGCUAGGAUAUGGGUCUUUGGGGAGCCUGGUCUUUAGCUUGGACCAAUGCAAAUACACUUGGAGAUGAGCCUUCAAGAUAAAUGAAAGAAAAAGUCAAAAAAAGCACAAAGAGCGGGAGGACUGAGAUCUUGUCAUGAAGCGGAGCAAAGGAGUGGAGCAUGAUGGACUGCAGAGAUAGGCUGUAAAACUAAGCUUGAUUGCGUAUCCGGGUGUUUUCUUGAGCGACGCAUUGUUCAUUAAAGUGAAAUGCUGAUUAUAAUUGAGAGAACCACACAGGAGCACGUUCGAAUAGCUCAUUUGGAGCCUGUGUCAUCGCUUACGGCCAUACCACCCUGAACACGCCCGAUCUCGUCCGAUCUCGGAAGCUAAGCAGGGUCGGGCCUGGUUAGUACUUGGAUGGGAGACCGCCUGGGAAUACCAGGUGCUGUAAGCUUUUCUUUUCUUGUAUCUUGUGCCGUGUUCUCUCUCCAAGAGGCUAGGAUAUGGGUCUUUGGGGAGCCUGGUCUUUAGCUUGGACCAAUGCAAAUACACUUGGAGAUGAGCCUUCAAGAUAAAUGAAAGAAAAAGUCAAAAAAGCACAAAGAGCGGGAGGACUGAGAUCUUGUUAUGAAGUGGAGCAAAGGAGUGGAGCAUGAUGGACUGCAGAGAUAGGCUGUAAAACUAAGCUUGACUGCGUAUCCGGGUGUUUUCUUGAGCGAGGCAUUGUUCAUUAAAGUGAAAUGCUGAUUAUAAUUGAGAGAACCACACAGGAGCACGUUCGAAUAGCUCAUUUGGAGCCUGUGUCAUCGCUUACGGCCAUACCACCCUGAACACGCCCGAUCUCGUCCGAUCUCGGAAGGUAAGCAGGGUCGGGCCUGGUUAGUUCUUGGAUGGGAGACCGCCUGGGAAUACCAGGUGCUGUAAGCUUUUCUUUUCUUGUAUCUUGUGCCGUGUUCUCUCUCCAAGAGGCUAGGAUAUGGGUCUUUGGGGAGCCUGGUCUUUAGCUUGGACCAAUGCAAAUACACUUGGAGAUGAGCCUUCAAGAUAAAUGAAAGAAAGAGUCAAAAAAGCACAAAGAGCGGGAGGACUGAGAUCUUGUCAUGAAGCGGAGCAAAGGAGUGGAGCAUGAUGGACUGCAGAGAUAGGCUGUAAAACUAAGCUUGACUGCGUAUCCGGGUGUUUUCUUGAGCGACGCAUUGUUCAUUGAAAGUGAAAUGCUGAUUAUAAUUGAGAGAACCACACAGGAGCACGUUCAAAUAGCUCAUUUGGAGCCUGUGUCAUCGCUUACGGCCAUACCACCCUGAACACGCCCCAUCUCGUCCGAUCUCGGAAGCUAAGCAGGGUCGGGCCUGGUUAGUACUUGGAUGGGAGACCGCCUGGGAAUACCAGGUGCUGUAAGCUUUUCUUUUCUUGUAUCUUGUGCCGUGUUCUCUCUCCAAGAGGCUAGGAUAUGGGUCUUUGGGGAGCCUGGUCUUUAGCUUGGACCAAUGCAAAUACACUUGGAGAUGAGCCUUCAAGAUAAAUGAAAGAAAGAGUCAAAAAAGCACAAAGAGCGGGAGGACUGAGAUCUUGUCAUGAAGCGGAGCAAAGGAGUGGAGCAUGAUGGACUGCAGAGAUAGGCUGUAAAACUAAGCUUGACUGCGUAUGCGGGUGUUUUCUUGAGCGACGCAUUGUUAUUGAAAGUGAAAUGCUGAUUCUAAUUGAGAGAACCACACAGGAGCAUGUUCAAAUAGCUCAUUUGGAGCCUGUGUCAUCGCUUACGGCCAUACCACCCUGAACACGCCCGAUCUCGUCCGAUCUCGGAAGCUAAGCAGGGUCGGGCCUGGUUAGUACUUGGAUGGGAGACCGCCUGGGAAUACCAGGUGCUGUAAGCUUUUCUUUUCUUGUAUCUUGUGCCGUGUUCUCUCUCCAAGAGGCUAGGAUAUGGGUCUUUGGGGAGCCUGGUCUUUAGCUUGGACCAAUGCAAAUACACUUGGAGAUGAGCCUUCAAGAUAAAUGAAAGAAAGAGUCAAAAAAGCACAAAGAGCGGGAGGACUGAGAUCUUGUCAUGAAGCGGAGCAAAGGAGUGGAGCAUGAUGGACUGCAGAGAUAGGCUGUAAAACUAAGCUUGACUGCGUAUGCGGGUGUUUUCUUGAGCGACGCAUUGUUCAUUGAAAGUGAAAUGCUGAUUCUAAUUGAGAGAACCACACAGGAGCACGUUCAAAUAGCUCAUUUGGAGCCUGUGUCAUCGCUUACGGCCAUACCACCCUGAACACGCCCGAUCUCGUCCGAUCUCGGAAGCUAAGCAGGGUCGGGCCUGGUUAGUACUUGGAUGGGAGACCGCCUGGGAAUACCAGGUGCUGUAAGCUUUUCUUUUCUUGUAUCUUGUGCCGUGUUCUCUCUCCAAGAGGCUAGGAUAUGGGUCUUUGGGGAGCCUGGUCUUUAGCUUGGACCAAUGCAAAUACACUUGGAGAUGAGCCUUCAAGAUAAAUGAAAGAAAGAGUCAAAAAAGCACAAAGAGCGGGAGGACUGAGAUCUUGUCAUGAAGCGGAGCAAAGGAGUGGAGCAUGAUGGACUGCAGAGAUAGGCUGUAAAACUAAGCUUGACUGCGUAUGCGGGUGUUUUCUUGAGCGACGCAUUGUUCAUUGAAAGUGAAAUGCUGAUUCUAAUUGAGAGAACCACACAGGAGGACGUUCAAAUAGCUCAUUUGGAGCCUGUGUCAUCGCUUACGGCCAUACCACCCUGAACACGCCCGAUCUCGUCCGAUCUCGGAAGCUAAGCAGGGUCGGGCCUGGUUAGUACUUGGAUGGGAGACCGCCUGGGAAUACCAGGUGCUGUAAGCUUUUCUUUUCUUGUAUCUUGUGCCGUGUUCUCUCUCCAAGAGGCUAGGAUAUGGGUCUUUGGGGAGCCUGGUCUUUAGCUUGGACCAAUGCAAAUACACUUGGAGAUGAGCCUUCAAGAUAAAUGAAAGAAAAAGUCAAAAAAGCACAAAGAGCGGGAGGACUGAGAUCUUGUCAUGAAGCGGAGCAAAGGAGUGGAGCAUGAUGGACUGCAGAGAUAGGCUAUAAAACUAAGCUUGACUGCGUAUCCGGGUGUUUUCUUGAGCGACGCAUUGUUCAUUGAAAGUGAAAUGCUGAUUAUAAUUGAGAGAACCACACAGGAGCACGUUGAAAUAGCUCAUUUGGAGCCUGUGUCAUCGCUUACGGCCAUACCACCCUGAACACGCCCGAUCUCGUCCGAUCUCGGAAGCUAAGCAAGGUCGGGCCUGGUUAGUACUUGGAUGGGAGACCGCCUGGGAAUACCAGGUGCUGUAAGCUUUUCUUUUCUUGUAUCUUGUGCCGUGUUCUCUCUCCAAGAGGCUAGGAUAUGGGUCUUUGGGGAGCCUGGUCUUUAGCUUGGACCAAUGCAAAUACACUUGGAGAUGAGCCUUCAAGAUAAAUGAAAGAAAGAGUCAAAAAAGCACAAAGAGCGGGAGGACUGAGAUCUUGUCAUGAAGCGGAGCAAAGGAGUGGAGCAUGAUGGACUGCAGAGAUAGGCUGUAAAACUAAGCUUGACUGCGUAUCCGGGUGUUUUCUUGAGCGACGCAUUGUUCAUUGAAAGUGAAAUGCUGAUUAUAAUUGAGAGAACCACACAGGAGCACGUUGAAAUAGCUCAUUUGGAGCCUGUGUCAUCGCUUACGGCCAUACCACCCUGAACACGCCCGAUCUCGUCCGAUCUCGGAAGCUAAGCAGGGUCGGGCCUGGUUAGUACUUGGAUGGGAGACCGCCUGGGAAUACCAGGUGCUGUAAGCUUUUCUUUUCUUGUAUCUUGUGCCGUGUUCUCUCUCCAAGAGGCUAGGAUAUGGGUCUUUGGGGAGCCUGGUCUUUAGCUUGGACCAAUGCAAAUACACUUGGAGAUGAGCCUUCAAGAUAAAUGAAAGAAAGAGUCAAAAAAGCACAAAGAGCGGGAGGACUGAGAUCUUGUCAUGAAGCGGAGCAAAGGAGUGGAGCAUGAUGGACUGCAGAGAUAGGCUGUAAAACUAAGCUUGACUGCGUAUCCGGGUGUUUUCUUGAGCGACGCAUUGUUCAUUGUUACGCCCCACCCUUGGGGCGAACAACUAUCCUCAACUUUGUACCCAUCAAAUUAACAAAACACCUUCAAAAGUUUAACACGUGAUUUAUUGUGACAAAAUUGCAAACUAGACACAAAGCACCCACAACACAAAUGAGAGGCAGCAGGGCAGCAGUUCCCCACCAAAUGCCUCUCCAGACUGCAGGCAGCUCUGGGCUUUUAGACUCCCAGCACCAGGUGAGUCUGAUUGUCACUCAAGUGAUUUCACCUGGGCAGCUAUGGAGAGACAAAAGGGGAAAAACACAUGCAAAAACAAACACACAGCCGUAACAUCAUUGAAAGUGAAAUGCUGAUUCUAAUUGAGAGAAGCACACAGGAGCACGUUCAAAUAGCUCAUUUGGAGCCUGUGUCAUCGCUUACGGCCAUACCACCCUGAACACGCCCGCUCUCGUCCGAUCUCGGAAGCUAAGCAGGGUCGGGCCUGGUUAGUACUUGGAUGGGAGACCGCCUGGGAAUACCAGGUGCUGUAAGCUUUUCUUUUCUUGUAUCUUGUGCCGUGUUCUCUCUCCAAGAGGCUAGGAUAUGGGUCUUUGGGGAGCCUGGUCUUUAGCUUGGACCAAUGCAAAUACACUUGGAGAUGAGCCUUCAAGAUAAAUGAAAGAAAGAGUCAAAAAAGCACAAAGAGCGGGAGGACUGAGAUCUUGUCAUGAAGCGGAGCAAAGGAGUGGAGCAUGAUGGACUGCAGAGAUAGGCUGUAAAACUAAGCUUGAUUGCGUAUCCGGGUGUUUUCUUGAGCGACGCAUUGUUCAUUGAAAGUGAAAUGCUGAUUAUAAUUGAGAGAACCACACAGGAGCACGUUCGAAUAGCUCAUUUGGAGCCUGUGUCAUCGCUUACGGCCAUACCACCCUGAACACGCCCGAUCUCGUCUGAUCUCGGAAGCUAAGCAGGGUCGGGCCUGGUUAGUACUUGGAUGGGAGACCGCCUGGGAAUACCAGGUGCUGUAAGCUUUUCUUUUCUUGUAUCUUGUGCCGUGUUCUCUCUCCAAGAGGCUAGGAUAUGGGUCUUUGGGGAGCCUGGUCUUUAGCUUGGACCAAUGCAAAUACACUUGGAGAUGAGCCUUCAAGAUAAAUGAAAGAAAGAGUCAAAAAAGCACAAAGAGCGGGAGGACUGAGAUCUUGUCAUGAAGUGGAGCAAAGGAGUGGAGCAUGAUGGACUGCAGAGAUAGGCUGUAAAACUAAGCUUGACUGCGUAUGCGGGUGUUUUCUUGAGCGACGCAUUGUUCAUUAAAGUGAAAUGCUGAUUAUAAUUGAGAGAACCACACAGGAGCACGUUCGAAUAGCUCAUUUGGAGCCUGUGUGAUCGCUUACGGCCAUACCACCCUGAACACGCCCGAUCUCGUCCGAUCUCGGAAGCUAAGCAGGGUCGGGCCUGGUUAGUACUUGGAUGGGAGACCGCCUGGGAAUACCAGGUGCUGUAAGCUUUUCUUUUCUUGUAUCUUGUGCCGUGUUCUCUCUCCAAGAGGCUAGGAUAUGGGUCUUUGGGGAGCCUGGUCUUUAGCUUGGACCAAUGCAAAUACACUUGGAGAUGAGCCUUCAAGAUAAAUGAAAGAAAAAGUCAAAAAAGCACAAAGAGCGGGAGGACUGAGAUCUUGUCAUGAAGUGGAGCAAAGGAGUGGAGCAUGAUGGACUGCAGAGAUAGGCUGUAAAACUAAGCUUGACUGCGUAUCCGGGUGUUUUCUUGAGCGACGCAUUGUUCAUUAAAGUGAAAUGCUGAUUAUAAUUGAGAGAACCACACAGGAGCACGUUCGAAUAGCUCAUUUGGAGCCUGUGUCAUGGCUUACGGCCAUACCACCCUGAACACGCCCAUUUUUUUGGUGCAUGCACACGGUAGUUUUGAGUCAGAGAGAUUGUGAGGAAAGAAGUGAAAAAAGUUUUUUUUUAGGUAAGUUAGAUAUUUGAGCGUAGAUAGUGGUAGGUAUUUUGUAUCUUUUUUUUUGUUUUGUACCCCUGGCAGGGGUUUUUCUACUGCCUGGGGGUGAGGAGUUUUGAUCCUCUUUUUGUUUGGUGACGUGGCGUUCAGUGUGCUGCGGCACACAAACGCUGACUCACAAGAUGGACAACAUGGUAAAAGACACGGAAAACGGCAGAGAAAUUCCCACGGUUUCGACUACGGACAGUUUAAGAGAUGGAAAAAGGAAUAUGGAGAAAGAAAAGAAGAAUGACGAUCUACAAUUGAAUUAUAGAAAGGAGUUGACAGUGAUGCUGGAGCUGGAGGGACAAGAGAAAGUGACGGUGACGGAACUUCUGAGGGCGGUGAGGCUGGCGUGUGGAGCGGUGGUGGCAUGCAGAUAUGUCGGGGAGAGGAAAUACGAAGUCACGAUGAACCAUGGGAAAGGAAAAGAGAGACUGAUGGAGGGUCUAAAGAUUGGAGCUGUGAAUGUGUGGGCGAGGGAGCUUUCAAAUGACGAGCUGGUGGUCUCUUUUUUGAACCUGCCUGCUUACAUCCCGGACUCGGACAUUCAGAACAAAUUACAAAUGUGGGGAGUUUCAGCUGUAUCCCCGAUAAAAAGGAGAAUGUGGCCUGGCACAAACAUCGCCGACGGUACAAGAUACUGUAAGGUAAAAUUCACAAAAGACAUCCAGUCACUGCCUUAUUCGGCAAAAUUCAAUACUGCAACAGGUGCCGAAUUUUUCAGGGUUAUACAUGACAGACAGGUGAAAGUAUGCAGACUAUGCAUACAACCGGGACAUAUUUUCAGAGAAUGCCCAGAGUUUAUAUGUCAUAAAUGUGGGGAGCAGGGCCAUUAUGCACGGGAGUGUGCAAACGCACCAGUCAAGUGCACAAUUUGUUUUAAUGAAAUGGGGAGAUGCAUUUGCAGAAAUUCUGAGAGUGAGGGUGGGGAACAACAACAGUGCUCUCCCACUAACGAUGAUCACAUGAGUGGCGUCGAAAGUGAGGGAAACGGGGAAGAUGAGACGUGCGUAAUUGUGGCUGAAAGCUCUGUGGACAUGGAGGAGGAACUCCAGGCUCGUGGGUCCCAAAGUGAGGGUUUCGAGCCGAGUCCAAGCUCAAAAGCCGCACAGAAAAAUGUGCGAGGGAGGGAGACGGACGGGGCUCUGAGAGCGCGUGCUACGCCGGAGACCCCCGAAGCCCCUUCAGCCCUUGCAGAGGGAAUUGAGUUUCUGCCACCGCGAAAAAAAGCGGCAAAGACAGGCAGCAGAGCGCAGCCGGUGGGGCCGGGAAGGGAAAACCUCGGCCCGUGUGAAAUGCUGAAGCCCACAUCAUCCCUGACAGAAUCAGAAUCGGAUUUAGAUGGUAAAGUGGUGGAAAUUAGGAAGAAAAAGAAGGACAGGAAAAAACAUGGAGAAGGGAAAUUGAUUGACCUAGAUUGAGUCCAAAUUUUUGACUUCUCAGAUUAAUAGGAAUGAUUUAUAGACCACUCUUCUCCUUUCUUAUAAUGUUCACAGCUAUCUCCCUCAACAUUAAUGGUCUCUGCUCCUCACAUAAAAUGGUCUCUUUUUUCAACUCAACUCAACAAGACAUUAUUUGUCUACAGGAAACCGGCUGGUCACCUCAAACCCUUCUUCAAAUACAAAAACUUUACUGCGGGAAGAUCUUUGUGGGGUUUGGGGUGGGGAAAGCA